AUGACCGAAUUUCCAAAUUUAAAAUCAGAGUUUUCCGAACUAGCCGACGAUGAGUUUAAUUUAUUAACUAAAAAAGGCGUGUAUCCAUAUGACUUCAUGGACAGCUUUGAAAAAUUUAAUUUCCAGUCUUUGCCGGAACAGCCGCACUUUUAUAGCCGUUUAGAGGAGAAGAACAUUUCAAGUAAACAGUUCGCGCACGCGCAGAAAGUUUGGAAUACAUUCAAAAUUCAAAAUUUAGGUGAGUACACGGACUUGUACAUGAAAACAGACAUUUUACUUUUGGCUGACGUGUUUGAGCAGUUUCGAAGCAGUUGUCACAAGACAUACGGCCUCGAUCCCGCUAAUUACUACACUUUACCUGGCUAUACCUGGGACUGUAUGCUGUUUAAGACAAGCCAGACUUUGGAAUUGUUGACCGAUAUCGAUAUGUUAAUGUUUGUCGAACGAGGUAUUCGCGGCGGAUUGAGUCAAUGCUCUAAACGUAAAAGCGCGGCUAAUAAUAAGUAUCUUCCAAAUUUCGACCCCAGUAAACCGAUAAAAUAUUUAGCAUAUUUCGACAUCAACAAUCAAUACGGUUGGGCCAUGAGUCAGUACUUGCCAUAUGGAGGGUUCGAGUGGGUAGAUUCCAACAUCGACGUCACCAACGUAUCAGACACAUCGUCUGUAGGCUAUUUGCUUGAAGUAGACCUUGAAUAUCCGGCUCAUUUACAUGACACACAUAAAGAUUUGCCACUAUGCCCCGAACAUAGCGCUCCUCCCGGAUGCAAAAAUUUUAAACUUUUGGCAACUCUUCAUAACAAGACGCGGUACGUUAUCCAUUAUAGAGCUUUAAAACAAGCAUUAAAGCAUGGGCUUAAGCUUACAAAAAUUCACCGCGUACUAAAAUUUAAUCAGUCUCCAUGGCUUAAGUCUUACAUUGAUCUGAAUACAGCAUUACGUCAGACAGCUAAAAACGACUUUGAAAAAAAUCUAUUUAAGCUUAUGAAUAAUGCUGUGUUCGGAAAAACGAUGGAAAAUAUAAGAAAACACUCAAUCGUUAAAUUGGUUAAUAAAUGGGGUGGGCGCUAUGGUGCGGAGGCCUUAAUCGCGAAGCCAGAGUUCAAGGCUGCCACAAUUUUCAAUGAAAAUUUGGUGGCUAUAGAACUCAACAAGUCAGAGGUCUUCUUCAACAAACCUAUAUACAUUGGGAUGUCGAUUUUGGACCUAGCCAAAAUCACCAUAUAUGAUUUCCAUUAUGAUUAUAUGGUGCCCGAGUUUGGUGAUGACUGCUCAGUCCUUUAUACUGACACCGACUCGCUGAUAUAUGAAAUCGGUGAUAAAGAUGUCCAUAGACUUCAUAAAGUCAUGCGUCGCGACUGUCACACCCGGUUCGAUACAAGUGAUUACCCUACAGACAAUAGGUAUAACAUCCCUCAAGUCAACAAAAAAAGUCCUGGGUAUGAUGAAGGACGAGUUUCACGGCAUCCCUAUGGAACUUUUCGUAGGUCUUAG